CUCUUUCUUCUCUCUCUAGAUUUUGCUCAUGAACUUAUCUUAAGUUUUCACUCUCCCAAAACCAAACAAAUAAAACAAAACACAACAUGGGUCUCACUUCUCUUCAAGUUUGCAUGGAUUCUGACUGGCUCCAGGAAGCUGAGUCAUCAGGAGGAAGCAUGUUAGACUCUACAACGACUUCUCCAUCAGCAGCCGACAUACUAGCUGCUUGCAGCACUCGACCACAAGCCUCGGCCAUGGCUGUAGCCGCUGCUGCUCUGAUGGACGGUGGAAGGAGGCUGCGUCCACCUCACGACCAUCCUCAGAAGUGUCCUCGCUGCGAGUCAGCACAUACUAAGUUUUGUUACUACAAUAACUACAGCCUCUCUCAGCCUCGUUACUUCUGCAAAACAUGUCGCCGUUACUGGACCAAAGGCGGCACUCUAAGGAACAUUCCGGUCGGUGGUGGCUGCCGGAAAAACAAGAAACCCUCUUCCUCUAAUUCUUCAUCAUCCACUUCUUCCGGGAAAAAGCCGUCCAACAUUGUUACCACUAAUACCCAUGACCUAAUGGCUUUACCACAUUCUCAUCAGAAUUACCAAACUACCCCUCUCGGGCUUUCACAUUUUGGUGGGAAUGGGAUGAUGGGGUCUUCUUACACAGGUCUUGGUGAUCAUAGUAACGUUGGUUUCUUGGAGAGCAAGUAUGGCGGUUUGCUUUCACCGAGCCCUAGACCUAUUGCUUUUUUGGACAGUAAGUUUGAUCUCAUGGGAGUGAACAAUAACAAUCUGGUCAUGGUUGAUCAUGGAAGUAACGGUGAUCAUUAUAAUCAUCACAUGGGUCUAAAUCACGGAUUAGGUCUUAACAACAACAACAAUGAUGAUGGUGGUGGUCUCAUGGAUAUCUCUACAAGCCAGAGACUUAUGCUAGCUAAUUAUGACCAUCAUCAUUAUACUCAUCAUGAAGAUAAUCAAAGGGUAACAUCAAUAACGGACGUGAAGCCAAGUCCAAGGCUUUUAUCGCUUGAUUGGCAACAAGGUCAAGGCUACUCUGAUUGUAGCGGAGGAAAAUCUGAUGGCGGUGGAUACGUAGGUGGCGGUUAUAUCAACGGCUUAGGUUCGACGUGGAAUGGUUUGAUGAAUGGCUAUGGAUCUUCCACUAAAACAAACUCCAUGGUUUAAUAAAUUAAUAUCAGAACUUUAUUUCUUGUCGCUAUCAACUACUAGUAGAGACGCAAUUAAAUUAGUAUAUGGGUUGGUUUGAUUAGCAAGUUUUACUUUCGUAAUUCAUUGCUGAUUACGAGAGUAAUCUUAAUUAGGGAGUUGAGUUAUAUUUUUCGUCUUGUGUGUGGUCGUGUGGUUGAGGACCUUGCUGUGUAAUGUUUAUUUAUAUAAAACUAGAUUCCAUUCUAUAUUUUAA